AUGACCGUUCCUGAAAGCCCCUCCAAAACUCUCGAAGCUCAGUUGGCUCAUCGCCCUGAUGUCCAAGAUCUAGUCGACAGAAACAUCAUCAAAGACCCAAAAGUAGCACCUGCAAUCCAACAACAACGUGAUGAAUUGGAGAAACGCAAGAUUGAGGACUCUCUCCGCCAUAAGAUUGACCAUCGUCCAUCACCAGAGAAGCUUGUUGAGCAAAACAUUUUAAAAGAUCCCAAGAUUGCUCCUUCUCUUCAAAGACAUCAACUCGAUUUGGAAAGAAACUUAUUGCAAGACACAUUGGAACACAAGUUUCAAGAAAGGCCUGAUCCUGCUGAACUUGUUGAGCAAGGUAUUUUAACCAAAGAGGAAGUUCCUCCUCAGUAA